UUCACUGCGCUUCCGUUGCCCAUGACACCGGAGCGAAGUUCUGACAGCUGAUUCUCCAAUCAGUUUAUAUUCACUCCGAGUCCCCAAAUAGUCACUUUUCAAGUUAUUUACUGUCGGACCUGCCUCCUAUAACCUCCGGCUGGAGUUGCAGACCGCGCCUUGAACAGAGGAGGGCGGCUGAUUAUGGUGUAGCAAGGAGCGCUAGCUCUGAGACAGCAGGCUUUUUUAGCAGCAGUGCAGUGCAACACAGUGCAGCGGUGGGCAGACCGAGGCAGAUCACAGCAGCGCAGCCAUGCUUACGUUGGCCAGUAAGCUGAAGAGAGAUGAUGGAGGAAAGACGGGCCGUGCCUCCGGAGCCUCCGACUCCACCCACAGGAUCUCCAUCAGGGACCGCCUCCUUACCAAAGAAGUUGCAGAACUUGAAGCCCAUCUCCCUAGUACAUGCAAAGCAAGUUUCCCAGAUGAGGACAAGCUGCAUCAUUUUCAGCUGGCAGUGUCUCCUGAUGAGGGAUACUACCAAAGUGGAAGGUUUCAGUUUGAAAUAGACGUCCCAGAAGCCUAUAACAUGGUGCCUCCUAAAGUGAGAUGUCUGACCAGAAUAUGGCAUCCUAACAUCACAGAGAACGGAGAGAUCUGUUUGAGCUUAUUGAGGGAACACUCAAUUGACGGCACAGGCUGGGCCCCCACUAGAACAUUAAAGGACGUUAUCUGGGGAUUGAACUCCUUGUUUACUGACCUGUUGAACUUUGAUGACCCUUUGAACAUCGAUGCAGCAGAACAUCAUCUGAGAGACAAGGAAGAUUUUCGGAAUAAGGUUCAAGAUUACAUCAAGCGCUCUGCCAGAUGAUAGAAGCACCGGCUACCUACAUCAGCCUGCACCAACCAACCGAACUCCUCUACCUUGCCUCUGCUUAUCUUGGCCAACUUGCCCGACGUGUGUGAAUCAACAGCUGACUCUCUGACUCUUACCACUCCCUUCCUCUCGACACCACAGCCCCACUCAUGCCCUGCUGUUCACCCAAAUGCAAUAAACUCAACAUCGCAGGAGCAAAAAUAAAAAUAUAAUAAAAUGAGUACGAGUAAAGACUUGCAUACAGAAGAAAAAUAUGCCUUGAUUAACCUCCCUGAGGUGUCCCGGAGCCGGUCAGAAAUGAGCCAUGGCAAUGACUGGCAAGGGAUGUAAUGAUUCACUGGCGCAUAACAAAAAAAAAAGACUACUCAAGUGAAAGAAUAUCUGUUGCUAUCAGUUCUCCGUUCUAGUGCCUGCUAUGUUUGUGUCGCUAAAGACAAAAUGCAUGUGAGUUCACAAACAUAUAAACACGCACAGUGUCCCAUCGUGUAGUAGAAAGUAAACACAUGCAUACACAGGUUUCUAUACGCUUGUCUAUUCAUACACACUGAAGUAGGAAAGCCCCAUUGGACGGUAUGUGAAUGACGACAUCGUCCUGUUAUGUUGUCAUUCUCCUUGCAUGCGCGCACACACACACACACACACACACACACACACACACACUCUUUCUGUUUUGUGUUUUCAGCUCCAGUGGGAUAAAGUACAACUACUAUAACCACAGCCAAAUGUAUUGUACUGUUUUCAGCUUCUGCUCUCCUCACUGUCAUUUUUUGUCUUUCUUCCAUCUGCCCUCUGUUUCACACUUACACACACACACACAACCACAUGUACCUUUUCCCACUGAGGAUGGUGAGGGUCAUUAAUACUUGCAGUGCAAUCAUAAAGUAUUAUGACAGUGACACAUUGUUGGUGUGCAGUCGCUCUGUACUUCACAGUGGGUUUAAAAUGAAACAAUGACUACGAGUUUAAGUUACUGAUUCUGAUUACAUUUUACAUUCAUAACAAAUGAACGGUGUUGGAAUUGUAGCUCUUUUUACAUAUUAGUCUCCAAUGUUUAAUGGACAAAUUGCAAUUGAACAUGUGACAAACAAUGUGAAAGGGGUCGCUCGUAGAGAUGAACCUAAAGAGAUUAAUCACCCGCAUCUGCAGCUCCCCUCAGCUUUAUCGAGCUUAGUCGAACAGCUGUCUGGCACACAACUUUAUUGCUCUCAUAGUGUCUGUUUUCGAUCACAGCAGACAGCUGUUUUUAGCGAAGAAGCCGAAAUAAACUGACUGUACAACAGCAGAAAGACACAGUUAGUGACUAGCUGGGAGUGAACAUAGCGGAGCAUUUAACAGCUAAAGAGACAGAUAUCACACAAGUCCUACACCGUUCGCCCAACAUGGAUGUGAACAACUUAAAACAUGCUUGAAGCUGAAAGUCAACACUUUAACCUCAUAGUUAUUGAUUCAUGUCAUUGUCAUUGUGCUGCAGUACAGAAUAAAAAAAUGUUUACUGUCCGAAGACGUUAUGACUGCAUGUGCACACCUUCUCAUUCUGGUUGUGGUGAGAGAUUUCCCAAGCUAACGUGUAUAGUGUGUCUCCAUUCUAGCUCACACAACCCUGUCUCCUACAAAAUUAUGUUCCCAUGUAACUAAACAGCACUCGUAAUUUUGUUUUGAGGGAAACACAUGGUGAAUGUUGUAAAUUGAAACAAAAAAGCAAUAAAAGUACUUUGGUUAUCUUUAGGCAACACAACUACUUAAGAUCAUGGUUUGUCUUAAAUUUAGUAUGUUUGUUAUGUUAUUUAAGUUGCGGACAUAAAAUAAGUUAGCGUUGUCUUUGUUUCACUGCGGUCUUCUUGGUGUAAAAUCCUGUGGUUUUUUUACCUAUCCAUCCAUCCCGACCACCUUAUGCAGACUUAUGCGGACUAUGAUUAAAAAUGGAUUUGUGAUACGUCAAAAACAAACGUAAUCAUACAUAAUCAUGUUUCCCUUGAAACGUAUGAAUUCAGUUUCUUUGUGUGGGAACGUAAUUUUUAGGCUGCUUUGUGUGCUAUGUUAUGUUUUAACUGUCAGGAUGUGUACCUGUAGUCAAUGUAGAGGUUCAUGAAGGCAGUUAGAUAGCUAACUAGCUAGCGAGCAGGCUAGUGAGGUAACAUGCUAGUGACUGAGCCUACUAGCUAGCUAGCUACUUAGCUAACAAGUGAGUGGUUUUCACUCAAUGCGAGGAACUCUUUCUUUUCAUCAGGUAGGCUAUAGGCCUAUGUGAUUCUUGAAGUCCAUACAAUGUGGAUGAAAUUGAAGGUGUAGCCCUUGUUGUACUCUGGACAGGUUUGGAGGACUGAAAGUAAACAAGUCGCUCACUCUUUAGCCAUUUAGCAUGUUUACGAGUGGAUUAGCUUGCUUGCUACAAUGCUUGUUAGCUCACUCGUUAGCUUGCAAGUGAACUUGAGUAGGUGCUGCUAUUCCACUGCCAUUGUGGAUUUUUGGCCAUACAAUGCACGUUAAUUUUGUGUGUGAUAGUGAGAGAUAGAAAGAGAGACUGUCACUCGGUUAGCCAGUGAGAGUGUGGUCUGAGUAUGUUAGAGUGUGUGUGUGUGUGUGUGUGUUUGUGUGUUUUGCUCGGCCCUGGCUAGCAUUGUGCCUCCAACUUGUGUUUGAGUUGUAUCUCUGAACAUCAACACUGUUCUCACUCCAUUCAGCUUUGUGUUCACACAUCUGCAUGAGGCAAAGUCUAUAUGAUCUGCCAGUGGUGCAUUUUACUAAAGAUGUCAGAAAUGUAGUUGUUGAAGAAAUGUUAUGUCGGUGUGUGUGUGUAAAGAUUGACAUUAUUUGCUUGUUGAGCGCGUGUGUGUGGGCAGUUAAAGUAUGAUGUGUUGAAAUGAUGUAACUUGUGAGCAUGUUCUGGUUCCCUCUUGCUCCUCUUUUCUUUUUGUUAUUCUGGCCCAGCUGAAAUGAUUAGUUAUAUAAAUUAAAGUGAACAGAACAACAGGCUUCUGCUAAAAUAAAAGACCUGAGAAUAUAACAAAUACCAGGUAUUGAAAGCAAAUGUGAAUGUGAGAGUUCCGUGUUGUUUUCCAGCAUGGUGUUGGUCCACGCAGACCUUGAGGGGUGUAACCGCAGUAAUGUAACUGCCUAUUAAUAUGAAGCCAUCCUGUGUGAUCUCCAUGACAGUUAAUUGUUGUGGUAGUAGUUGCCUCCUGGAUAUGGUCGCCCCUCUCUGUACUUAAUCUUAGCCUUACUAAUACUCUGACUUUUCAUAUACCCUUUGGUUUGGCAGUUAGCAGUGUUUUUUUCCCAGGAUGCUAUUGGGAGAUGUCUCAGCUUGGGCUAAAUCAAUCUUUGGGCAAGGGGAGAAGAUUAACAAUCUGUAUUUCUUCAAAUCCUCAACCUUUUCUUUCUCAGAUUGUAUAUCCAUUUUUUAAGAUAUAUUAAAGAGAAUAUAAAUAAAA